AUGGCAGCGUGGGCGGCCCUGCUGCUGGGGGUGCUGCUGGCGACCCACCGCCCCGGGGGCGCAGCCCUCCUGGAAGCCAACGGCAACCUGAGCUGCCGCUGCGCCAAGACCACGGCCACCUUCAUCCACCCGUCCAAGUACGAGAGCGUCGAGGUCCGGCCGGUGGGGAGCAGCUGCCGGCGCCUCGAGGUGGUGAUUAAACUAAAAUCCCUUGAGAGGGUCUGCGUGGAUCCCAACGCCCUCUGGGUGAAGAAACUCCUGCAGGACCUCCCGAAGCUGAGGAAGAAAGCUGCUCCUCCCUGA